AUGGAAAAAGGAUUUCUUGAUAGAGUGGAGGAUAAUGCGGCAGUCCGAGUGUGGUCCGAGAGAACGCAACAAGAGAAAAGAGAUAGUUUGACUGAGGGAUAUGAGUCGGAGUUGUGGGAUUUCACUCGCAUUAAUGUAACUCAGAACGACCUACAAGAGUUAAGGGAUAUAUGGAAUAGUUGGAAUGGCGAAGCCAAACAACUCUUUUACUGUAACUACAGCGACCUACCCUAUUUGCUCGAUGUAAAGGUGGACAAGUACUUGUUCCGGGCCCUCGCACAAUUUUGGAACCCCGCUUACAGUUGCUUCACUUUCAGAGGAGUUGAUUUAGUACCUACGGUGGAGGAAUACAUGGCGUUACUUAAUUGCUCGAAGAUUCAGGCCGAUAGGGCCUAUUCAAGACCUGUCAACGUCUCUCCCUUUUUGAAAAAAUUGAUGAAUAUCACGGGGAUGAGCGAGCAAUGGGUUGCAGCUCGCAUCAAGCAAAAAGAGGAUAGUAAGUGUAUUCCUUGGAAGAAUUUGAGGGACUUGAUUCUUGCGCACCCGGAUUCGAAGAAAAGGGCUGAUGUUUUUGCCUUAAGUCUCUACGGUUUGAUCAUCUUUCCUAAGGCGCUAGGACACAUAGAUGAAGCUGUCUCGGAUUUAUUCGAUCGACUUGAUAAAGGUACCACACCCGUCCCGGCAAUCUUAGCAGAAACUUUUCGAUCCUUGAUUGCAUGCCGGAGAGCGGGCGAGGGAAGAUUUAUUGGUUGCGUACAGCUUCUUUUGGCUUGGUUCCACAGUUAUUUUUGGAAGGUGGAGAAGGUCUCCUAUCGGGUAUUCUCUAAGGAUUAUUCCCCAUUGAGAGAAUUAGUGGCCAUAUCGAGGCGAGACGACAUUUCAGAAGAGAAAUGGAUAAUUAUUCUCCAAAAUUUACGGGCCGAAGACGCUGAAUGGAGGACUCCGUGGUUGAUUCCUGACGAGAUCUUAUAUAGAUACAGUGAUUUUGACUGGGUCCCUUUAGCUGGAAUAUGGGGAGCCGUUGGAUACGCUCCACUGAUGGUGUUAAGGCAAUACCGAUCAAGGCAGUUUGUACCGGUGACACGAGGGUUGGCAUAA